CAGUUUUCACUCGCCAUUUUGGACAACAUAACGGGUCACUUUUGUUUCCAUAUUUCCGGAACAUCGAAUUCAAAUGAACGUCCACUUUUAUUUGCUCUUUGUGUGUUUUGUGCUCGAUGAUGGUGUGUUUGGUGAUGAUGAAAUGAAGACUGUGUCAGUGAUGGAGGGAGAUUCUCUGACUUUACACACUGCUGUUACUGGAUUACAGAAUGACAAAUCCAAUUUUAUUAAAUGGUAUUUUAAUGACAUCCGUGUUGCUCAAGUCUAUGGAGAUCUCAGUGUGUUCUGUACAGAUGUGAAGUGUCCAGGUGGUUAUAAUGAGAGAUUCAGAGACAGACUGAAGAUGAACAAUCAGACUGGAUCUCUCACCAUCAUGAACAUCAGUAUUACAGACUCUGGAGAUUAUCUACUACGGAUCAUCAUCAACAACAUCAAUGAUAGAAAGACAUUCACUGUCACUGUCCAACCUGGAGUGUCUGCUGCUGAAAUGAAGAUAAAGUCGGUGAUUGAAGGAGAUUCUGUCACUCUACACACUGAUGAUACUGUAAAACAGGGAGAUGUUGUGAUGACGUGGUAUUUCAAUGACACUCGUAUAGCUGAAAUGAAGGAAGAUCCCAGUAAGAGCUGUACAGAUGUGACGUGUGAUGAAGGUGCUGAGAGAUUCAGAGACAGACUGAAGAUUGACCAUCAGACUGGAGAUCUCACUAUCACAAACAGCAGAACUACAGACUCUGGACUUUAUCAAAUAGAGAUCAGCAGCAGUAUCAGCAGCAGCUUCAGCGUAAAGAGCUUCAGUGUUAAUGUCAGCGUAUCAGACCGACAAACUCCAGAUUCAGGUCGGACUUCUGGUGCUGUAGCAGGAAUAUGUGUUGCUGUUGCUGUUGUUCUGGUUAUCACUGUAACUGCUGGUGUGAUUUACUAUAGACGUAAGAUCUCAAGACAAGGACAAAAUGAAAUGGAGACGCAGAACAAUGUUCAGGAGGAUGACGGAGAGAACGAGACUCAUGUGAUGAAUGUUGCAGGACAGGAAAAGAGAGAGAAUGCAACUGAAUGACUCGAAUAAUCCGCUCAAAGGUGCUCGCAGCACUAGGAGAGAUCUCGCUCCGCACUGCUGCCAAUCCUACGAUCCACCUUGCGAGCGUGACGCUCAGACUUCAUGGCAACGGUUGCGUCCUCUCAUCAUCUCUAGUGAAGAGUGCGACAGAACUACAGUGAUGUGGACAGCAGCUCUGAUCUUUCUUCAGUGUAAUAUUGAAUGUUGUUCUCUUGCAACAAACCUGCAUCAUUUCUGCCCUGUCCCGCUCCGCACGCGUCGCCUCAUUUCCCUGCAUGUGUGUAGACAUGAAGCGCCACACGAGUACCUGAAAUUGAUCUUUUAAAGCCGUUUAAAACAAUAUCCUAGCAUAAGUAAUGUAGUGUUAAUAGGAGCGCUCUGUGACUAACAUUGUAACAAUGACUAACGGAUUCACUUUACGUCACCAACUGGCUCAUAUUACACACAAAAAUGAUCUUUUGCCACCACCUAAUGGCUAACAUAUAUAUAAUAGUAACUCCUAACAGAUAUGCAUUACACUUGCACUUUAGUUUAGAACGGCACGGACACAAGCGGAGUGACACACAGUGAAGCGUCCGAGUGCUGAUCCUGUCAGACCAUCAGUGCUCAUGGAACGUCUCUCGUCCAAUCAGAUUUCAGGACCGGAACUAACUGUUGUAUAUUACACCUUAUAACUUAAAUCAGAUACUAUUUGCACACAUGAUGGAAAAUAGGAGAAUAAUUGCACGAGCUCACAUUGGGUGCGAUUCAGGACAUUUUCCGGACAAACACAUUCGGGAUCAUUAUAUGAAGCUGUGUCAGUUUGUGAAUGUUUUAUCAUUAAUAGGAAGAAUGUCACAAUGUCUUACCAUCAUCGAGCACAAAACACACAAAGAGCAAAUAAAAGUGGACGUUCAUUUGAAUUCGAUGUUCCGGAAAUAUGGAAACAAAAGUGACCCGUUAUAUUGUCCAAAAUGGCGAGUGAAAACUGAUCCCGGAACUGAGCGGUUAUGAUGCACUGACCUUUUAUUUGUUUGUUAAGGUCACAUUAUAAUCAAUAAACAAGACAAUAAUCACUUACAUAUAAAUAUAUGUUAUAACAAUUAGUUCAAUUCUGGGUUUUCUUUUAGCCCAUUUUAGUUUAUGCAUAUUUCCCCAUAAUCAGACAAAGACUGACAAUAAAAGACACAUUUGGUAUAAUCUUUGUCUAUCAAAAUAAAAAAAAAUACAUCUUUUUCAGAAAGAUUAACUUCUAUACAUAUUUACAGAGAAAUCCUUCCAAGUCGACUUGAAACAUUCUGCUAUAAAUGCAGUUAAAGAAUAAGUGGACAACAUUCACUUUCUCCAACCCACAAAAUCACAUUUAGUAUCUAUAUCAGUACAAAAUCUUAGGAAAAGUGCUUUAACAGGAUGCUUUUUGUUUUUUUAUUGGCUGUUCUCAUUCUUCCAUCCUAUGUAGGACAAAACAUGCAAAAAUAAUAAAUACAUAAAUAAAUAAGAAAA